AUGGAAGAAACUGAGGGAGGGGAUUUCCUUCCAAAAGGGCCGCAGCAAUCAGAGGCCACUCCACCAGCUGCAGUGGAUUUUCCGGUGAGGAAUCCGGCGAGACAACUGGAUUUUACGGGGCUCGGGGAUGGCGCAUCAUCGUCCGUGGGAUUGGCUUUGCUGGAGGUAUCUCAACCGCAGCAAUCACAGACGCCGAGCCAUCUUAUCCAGCAGCAGCAGCAGCAGCAGUUAGUGAAGCCGAAAAAUCAGCCGCCAAAGCCUCCGCCGCUGCCACAGAUGCCAUUUUUAACAAUGCAGCAAGCUCCGCAACCAGCUGUAUCUUCCCCUCAUCCUUCCGUUCGACCUGCUGUGAAACCUGAAUCCCCAAGGGCACGGCCGAGGCAAAAUCUAGCUGAAGUAAACGAUGGUACUCCAAAGAAGCAAAAGCAGUGUAACUGCAAACACUCACGGUGUUUAAAGUUGUAUUGCGAAUGCUUUGCAUCUGGCGUAUAUUGCGAUGGAUGCAACUGUGUGAAUUGUCAUAACAACAUUGAAAAUGACGAUGCCAGACGAGAAGCAGUUGAAGCUACACUGGAGCGUAAUCCACAGGCUUUCAGGCCAAAAAUUGCAAGCAGUCCACAUGGAGCUCGUGAUUUUAGGGAGGAGACUGGGGAAGGUGUAGUCUUGGCAAAGCAUAACAAAGGAUGCCACUGCAAGAAAUCAGGAUGUCUCAAGAAGUAUUGUGAGUGCUUCCAAGCAAAUAUUCUUUGUUCUGAAAACUGUAAAUGCUUGGACUGCAAAAAUUACGAGGGAAGUGAGGAGAGGCAGGCUCUGUUUCAUGGAGAUCAUGCCCACAACAUGGCAUACAUCCAGCAGGCAGCAAAUGCUGCCAUCACUGGUGCUAUUGGAUCCUCUGGAUAUGGAUCUCCUCCCGUUAACAAGAAAAGAAAAGGUCAGGAACUCUUCUUUGGAUCAACAGUUAAAGAUCCCGUGCACAAGAUCCGGCAAUUUCAACAGGCAGACCAAGUAAAGGCUUCUUUACCUUCCUCUUCAUUGCCAUUGAUUCCUGGUGCUUUUGCUGGUAAUGCAUUAACUUUGGGCCCUUCGAAAUUUACCUACAGAUCUCUCCUAGCUGGCAUCAUUCAGCCUGAGGACUUGAAGGAACUUUGCUCAGUGUUGGUGGUGUACUCGGGAGAAGCUGCCAAGAUGCUUGCAGAGGAAAGAAAAGCAGCAGAAAUACAGGCAGAGAACUCCAGUGAAACCUUGGCGGCUUCAUCAGUGCAAGAUCAGUGUCAAUCCCGGAAGAAUGCUGAAGCGGAAAAACCUUUGAUUGAUGAUCUCUCAAGUGGCAACCAGGCUGAGACGAAAAACUCUGAGGAGUCUACGUCCAAUGGAGCUGAUGAAUCAAAAGGAAGACCAAUGUCUCCCAGUACAUUAGCUCUAAUGUGCGAUGAACAAGCUACAAUAUUUACUCCUGCUGCCUCCCCUAAUGAGCUAUCAGGCCAGAGUAGUGUGACUACACAGUUGCUGAAUAGGCAAGACCUGAGUGGAACCUAUGCAGAGCAAGAAAGAAUUGUUUUGACAAAAUUCCGUGAUUGCCUUAAUAGGCUCAUCACUUCAGGAGAAAUAAAAGAAACAAAAUAUUCUUCGUUGGCACAAACAGAAUCGUAUCAGCAAAAUGAGCCAACCAGCAAUGGUGUGCGAACUGAUAUCAGGAGUCCACGACAACCAAUCAGCAAUGGUGUUGAAAAGUUGGUGUUCAACUUCAACCAGCCAGGACAUAUUCAAUAG